AUGGACGUCACGGUGGAGGACUUCUGCGAGGAAACCAACUUUGCCGACUCGCCCUGCCCGAGUCCAUUCGAUCCGGCGAAGCUGCUGAACGUUGGCUUCUUGCAGAUCAGUGGCCGCUUUACGCCCCACUCCGCACCACCGUCCGGUUGUUCGACGCGAACGUGCAGCUUAGCGACGACUCCCGUCCCGCCGGAAGAGGAUGAUGGUGGUGCAGAUGACGGUGACGGUGGUAGUGGCACGGCCGACGGGUAUCUUACGGUGGAUGGAGCGAACGGUGGCGAGCGAAUGCGCAAGUGGUCCCUGCCGAACCUGCCAACCGAGGCGACCAAGUUUGUGCUCAGUGGACGCGCGACGCCCGUGUUCACCUGGAACCCGGUUCCGACCGCUAGCAACGUGAUCUACUCGAUGAACGAGAAAAACCAGCAGAUAGUGUUCUCACAGCUCGAGCAAGAGGUCGUCACCGAGUCGAGCGUGUCCGAGGUAUCGAGCGUUUCCGACUCGGAAGAUCUGGAGCUGGAAGAGGAAGAGGAACCGGUAGAUGAGGAGCCCGAAGGAGACACCGAAUUGGAGGGGCUGAAGAAAAAGACGAAGGAUUCAACCAGAAAGACGGGUCCGACCAUUCCCGGAGAGUCCUGGGAAGCGCCGGAAAUGUACCCAAACUGUGACGUUAACGUUUGGCUGCGUUCGUGCGAGCAGGAGAUCGUCGACCCGAUCGAAGGCACGGUCCAGGGAACGGUACCGGAGUGGCUUAACGGAAGCCUUCUGCGCAAUGGCCCGGGUAGCUUGAAGGUGGGCGACAUGAUGUUCAACCAUCUGUUCGACAGCUCGGCGCUGCUACACAGGUUUAACAUCGACAACGGAAAGAUCACGUACCAGUGUCGUUUUCUGAAAUCGGAUGCGUACAAGAAGAACAACGCGGCAAGGCGCAUCGUGGUGACGGAGUUUGGCACCAGUGCCGUGCCAGAUCCUUGUCAGACCAUUUUUCAGAAAAUUGCGGCCGUAUUUAACAAACCGGGCGUUAACAAUUCCGACAAUGCGAUGAUCUCAAUCUACCCGUUCGGGGAUGAGUUCUUCGCGUUCACAGAGAGCCCCAUCAUCCACCGGAUCGACCCGGAAACGCUUGACACCGAGGCGAAGCUGAACGUGUCCGAUUACGUGGGCAUCGUGAACCACACGUCGCACCCGCACGUCAUGUCCGACGGUACGGUGUACAAUCUCGGCUGCUCGGUCACACGGACCGGGCCGGCUUAUACCAUCAUCUGCUUCCCGCACGGACCGGGCAUGUUCGAGAACGCGCGCAUCGUCGCAUCCGUGCCGGCUCGCUGGAAGUUCCAUCCGGGCUACAUGCACACAUUCGGCAUCACGGAGAACUACUUCGUGAUCGUGGAGCAGCCGCUGUCGGUGUCGGUUCCGACGAUGGUCGUCAGCCAGCUGCGCAAUCGCCCGAUGGCGGCCGCCCUGAAGUGGUUCGAAAGUCAGCAGACGUACAUCUACCUGCUCGAUCGGGACACAGGCGAAUUGCGCCACACGUACCACUCAGAUGCGUUCUUCUACCUACACAUCAUCAACCAGUACGAGCAGGAGGGGCACGUCGUGCUGGACAUCUGCUGCUACAAGGAUCCGGCGAUGCUGAACUGCAUGUACGUCGAUACGAUGCGCAACAUGCAGAACAAUCCGGACUACGCCACGAUGUUCCGUGGCCGUCCGUUGCGUUUCGUGCUUCCACUCAACUAUGGCGAUGGCCAGAAGCGUUCCGGCAACAAACGAUCCGGCUCGGAUGAUCCGACCACCUCGUGGGCGGAUAUGUGGCAACACCUGGGCCCCGACGACGACGGUGACGCACUGGGACACCGCAAGGCACCAUCGACGCAUACCACCGACCAUGGGCUGGUGCUGCAGAAUCUGGUCCAGCUGGCCGGCACCAAGGCGACGGCGUACGUCAUGCCGAACCGUACGAUCUUCUGCCGACCGGAGCUGCUGUGCGAUUUGGGCUGCGAAACGCCACGAAUCUACUACGAGUGCCACCUGGGGCGCCCCUAUCGGUACUUCUACGCCAUCAGCUCCGAUGUGGACGCCAGCAAUCCGGGCACGCUGAUCAAGGUGGACGUGGUGGACAAGAGUCGGCGCACCUGGUGCGAGGAAAACGUGUACCCGAGUGAGCCGAUCUUCGUCCCGGCGCCAGAUCCGCAGUCCGAGGACGAUGGCGUUGUGCUGGCGGCUAUGGUGUGGGGCCGAGAGGAGCAGAAUCGUGUCGGGUUGCUCGUACUCGACGCGAAAACGUUUACCGAGCUUGGACGCUGCGAGUUCACCACGCCCGGUCCGGUGCCAAAGUGUCUGCAUGGGUGGUUCCAGUCGUCGACGAAGUAG